GAUCGACUGCGUUACUAGAGCAGCAUCGCCCUCCAUAUAAUAUUCUCGGGGUGUUGAUUUCCAGCCGAAUCAAUUAUCGUGGUCUGAUUGCAUCGUGUAUUGUGGGAUAUCAUAUUUCGUUGUUGUUAGACGCAUGCUUUUGGUAUUUCUGGACUCCUGCGACUCCUCUGUUGUUGUCGCAUGACGGUGACAGAUCGCUGCGAGUUUGCCUAGCAGCCUAUACUCCUCAAUAGUCUUUGCUCUGAGAAAAUAAACGCAAGUCCUGCAUCAUACCUAUCAGGCUUUCACCUGUACAUUAUCCCUUUUCUAACUCAGACUACUUACGGAUUUGAGCUCAAAAUCAUCUGCCACAUGUGACAUGCAUCGGGAAAUGGAAGAAAUGGAAGUCUAUCAGCUUCCAGCUUCCAGCUGUUCAUACAUAGAGGUUUAAAGGGCCAUACCCCACCCGCACAGCACUCCGUUGCCGAUGACCCCAUGACAGUUCUUCCACGGGAAAGUGAAAAAUAUUGGAGACGCAUUCAAUUCAAACCGAAGAACAGAUUCGCCAAGCUCCAUACGUCAACGCAUCAGACUCCUGACAUCGCUCCUUCCCUAGACAAAAUCACGAGGAUAAGUCAGGAUAUUAUCAUGCUGACUCGGGAAUCAUCGGCAUUCAGAUACGACAAGGCCGAUGACAUUAUUUUACCUCCGCUAAGCGAAAUUGAUGAUAUCAUCCGUCUGCAGCUCAUGCUGUCAGCAGAGCUUUCCCGGCUAUAUGCCGCUCUUUCCAACAACAAUCAACACUCGAUGCAGUGUACUAGCCACCUUUAACCAUCCUGUCAGUCACGGCCCCCCCUAUCCGUGCAAUCCGCUUCUUUUCGAGACGAUCGACGGAAAGCCGUCUAGCAUCCUCCGACUCUGUCCACACAAGGAAUACUAUAUCUGGAGGAACGAAGUGUGGGCAUUCAUCGGUAGUGUCAACAGCGCACUGAGAGAAUAUUCCUACUAAGAUCACCACGCAACUAUUCAGCAUCAGGAGGCGUGAAAUACAUAGUGGGACAACGGCAUUGGCUACAUGAAGGAACUGGCCCCAGUGUCGAAGGAUUGUGGAAGAUUCUUGCAGGCUAU